UUAAAAAAAAAAAAUCAAUCACAAUCACUACCUAUCACCAUCGAGGAACUCUCUUCAACACUCAGCUCAAUGAGCUCCCACAAGUCACCUGGUUGUGACGGCCUCACAAUCGCAUUCUACAAACAACACUUCAAUCUUCUCGCCACUCCACUCCUCAACCUCUUCAACAACUUCCUCUCCACAGGCUACAUUCCUCCCAGCUUCAAGAAAGGAAUCAUCACGACGAUCUACAAAAAGAAAGGCGACAUCAACCUCAUCACCAACCGUCGACCUAUCACUCUACUCAACUGCGACUACAAACUUUACUCCAAGAUCAUCAACUCUAGACUUCUCAACUAUGUACCAUCAAUUWAUCAACAACAACCAAAAUGGCUUCGUCCCAAAAGAUCAAUCCUCACCAACAUCAUCUCA